GGCGUGCGCGAUGACGCCAGCGGUCACUGCCUGUGGGGCGGGGCGAAGGCUGCGGUGGCCUCGGUCGCGCGCACACGUUGCAUCUCCUUGCUUCCAGCCGGACGCCGUGGUUCGUGCGCCGGGAAGGCAGCCUGACGGGUAGACCGCAGCCCCUGGGAGAUGGCGGCGCUGUGCCUCACGGUGAACGCCGUAGACCCUCCGCUGGAAGCUCUGCUGGCAGUGGAACAUGUGAAAGGUGAUGUCAGCAUUUCUGUGGAAGAAGGGAAAGAGAAUCUCCUUCGGGUUUCUGAGAAUGUGGUGUUCACUGACAUAAAUUCAAUACUGCGCUACUUGGCUAGAGUUGCAACUACAUCUGGGCUGUAUGGUACUAACCUGAUGGAACACGCUGAGAUUGAUCAUUGGUUGGAGUUUAGUUCUACAAAGUUGUCUUCAUGUGAUGUGCCGACUUCUGCAAUCAACGAGCUUAAUCAUUGUCUAUCUCUGAGAACAUAUCUAGUUGGAAACUCCUUGACCUUAGCAGAUUUAUGUGUUUGGGCCACCCUAAAAGGGAAUACUGCAUGGCAGGAACAGUUGAAACAGAACAAAACUCUGGUUCACGUUAAACGCUGGUUUGGCUUUCUUGAGGCCCAGCAGGCCUUCCGCUCAGUUGGUACCAAGUGGGAUUUUUCAGCAAACAAAGCUAGAGAGGCACCUGACAAAAAACAAGACGUUGGGAAAUUCGUUGAGCUUCCAGGUGCAGAGAUGGGAAAGGUGACAGUCAGAUUCCCUCCAGAGGCUAGUGGUUACUUACACAUUGGGCAUGCAAAAGCUGCUCUUCUGAACCAGCACUACCAGGUUAACUUUAAAGGGAAACUGAUCAUGAGAUUUGAUGACACAAAUCCUGAAAAGGAAAAGGAAGAUUUUGAGAAGGUUAUCUUGGAAGAUGUUGCAAUGCUGCAUAUUAAACCAGAUCAGUUUACUUACACUUCAGAUCACUUUGAAACUAUAAUGAAAUAUGCAGAGAAGUUAAUUCAAGAAGGGAAGGCUUAUGUGGAUGACACUCCUGCAGAACAGAUGAAAGCGGAACGUGAGCAGAGGACAGAAUCCAAACACAGGCAAAACUCUGUUGAGAAGAAUCUACAAAUGUGGGAAGAAAUGAAAAAAGGGAGCCAGUUUGGUCAGUCCUGUUGCCUGCGAGCAAAAAUUGACAUGGGUAGUAACAAUGGGUGUAUGAGGGACCCAACCCUUUACCGCUGCAAAAUCCAGCCCCACCCAAGAACUGGGAAUAAAUACAAUGUUUAUCCAACAUACGACUUUGCCUGCCCUAUAGUGGACAGCAUUGAAGGUGUUACUCAUGCAUUGAGGACGACAGAAUACCAUGACAGAGAUGAGCAAUUUUAUUGGAUUAUUGAAGCUUUAGGCAUAAGAAAACCAUACAUCUGGGAAUACAGUCGCUUAAAUCUCAACAACACAGUGCUGUCCAAAAGAAAACUCACGUGGUUUGUCAAUGAAGGACUAGUAGAUGGAUGGGAUGACCCUCGGUUUCCUACAGUGCGUGGCGUUCUCCGAAGGGGAAUGACAGUUGAAGGGCUGAAGCAGUUCAUUGCUGCUCAGGGCUCCUCAAGAUCUGUUGUGAACAUGGAAUGGGAUAAAAUCUGGGCGUUUAACAAAAAGCUGCGAGCUCUCUGUAAGAAGGUCAUUGACCCGGUGGCUCCAAGGUAUGUUGCAUUGCUGAAGAAAGAAGUGGUCCCAGUGAACGUCCCAGACGCACAGGAGGAGAUGAAGGAAGUAGCCAAACACCCCAAGAAUCCUGAUGUUGGUUUGAAGCCUGUGUGGUAUAGCCCCAAGGUUUUCAUAGAAGGAGCUGAUGCGGAGACUUUCUCAGAGGGUGAGAUGGUCACAUUUAUAAACUGGGGCAACAUCUACAUCACUAAAAUACACAAAAGUGCAGAUGGAAAAAUUAUAUCUCUGGAUGCAAAGUUGAAUUUGGAAAACAAAGACUACAAAAAAACGACCAAGAUCACUUGGCUUGCUGAGACCUCACAUGCCCCCCUUAUUCCAGCCAUCUGUGUCACUUACGAGCACUUGAUCACAAAGCCAGUGCUAGGAAAAGAGGAGGACUUUAAGCAGUAUGUCAACAAGGACAGCAAGCGUGAAGAACUAAUGCUAGGGGAUCCCUGCCUUAAGGAUUUGAAAAAAGGAGACAUCAUACAACUGCAAAGGAGAGGCUUCUUCAUAUGUGACCAACCAUAUGAACCUGUUAGCCCAUAUAGUUGCAAAGAAGCCCCAUGCAUCUUGAUAUAUAUACCUGAUGGGCACACAAAGGAAAUGCCAACAUCUGGAUCAAAGGAAAAGACCAAAGUAGAAACCUCAAAAAAGGAGACAAGCACUGCUCCUAAAGAAAGACCAGCCCCCACUGUGAGUAAUACUUGUGCUACAGCUGAGGAUUCCUCCGUGCUUUACAACAGAGUGGCUCUUCAGGGGGAUGUGGUUCGUGAAUUGAAAGCCAAGAAAGCAGCAAAGGGAGACAUCGAUGCAGCUGUGAAACAGCUUUUGGCUUUGAAAGCUGAAUAUAAAGAGAAAACUGGGCAGGAGUAUAAACCUGGGAAUCCCUCCACUCCAGCAGCACAGACUGUCUCUGCUAAGUCACCAUCAAGCUCUGUGGAAAAUGCAUCUCUAUAUGAUAAAGUUGCUGCCCAAGGGGAGGUGGUCCGAAAGCUGAAAGCUGAAAAGGCUCCUAAGGCUAAAGUAAAUGAAGCUGUAGAAUGCUUACUAUCCCUGAAAGCUGAAUAUAAAGAAAAAACUGGGAAGGAAUACAUACCUGGCCAACCCCCAUCAGCUCAGAGCUCACAGUCAAGUCCUGUCAGCAAUGCUGAGCCUGCUGGACCAGAGACACCAGAAGCCAAAGUGCUAUUUGACAGAGUGGCCUGUCAAGGAGAAAUCGUUCGAAAACUUAAAGCUGAAAAGGCCGCUAAGGACCAAGUGGACUCAGCUGUCCAAGAUCUCCUUCAGCUGAAGGCACAGUACAAGUCACUGACAGGAACUGAAUAUAAGCCUGUGUCUGCUGCUGGAGCUGAAGACAAAGAUAAGAAGAAGAAAGAAAAAGAAAAUAAAUCUGAAAAGCAGAAUAAACCUCAGAAACAAAAUGAUGGCCAAGGAAAGGACUCUUCUAAAGGCCAAGGCAACGGGCUGUCAUCGAGUGGAGCAGGAGAAGGGCAAGGGCCUAAGAAACAGACCAGAUUGGGUCUUGAAGCAAAAAAAGAAGAAAAUCUUGCUGAAUGGUACUCCCAAGUCAUCACAAAGUCAGAGAUGAUUGAAUACUAUGAUGUGAGUGGCUGCUAUAUUCUCCGACCCUGGUCGUACUCCAUUUGGGAAUGCAUUAAGGACUUCUUUGAUGCUGAGAUCAAGAAGCUUGGUGUUGAGAACUGCUACUUCCCCAUAUUUGUGUCUCAGGCCGCACUAGAAAAAGAGAAGAAUCACAUUGCUGACUUUGCCCCUGAGGUUGCUUGGGUUACAAGAUCUGGUAAAACAGAAUUGGCAGAGCCAAUUGCCAUCCGUCCUACCAGUGAAACAGUAAUGUAUCCUGCCUAUGCAAAAUGGGUGCAGUCGCACAGAGACCUGCCCAUCAGGCUCAACCAGUGGUGCAAUGUGGUGCGCUGGGAGUUCAAGCACCCACAGCCUUUCCUCCGCACUCGGGAGUUCCUGUGGCAGGAGGGGCACAGCGCUUUUGCCACUUUUGAGGAGGCAGCUGAUGAGGUCUUACAGAUACUUGAGUUAUAUGCUCGAGUGUAUGAAGAACUCUUGGCAAUCCCUGUUGUGAGAGGAAGAAAGACUGAAAAGGAGAAGUUUGCAGGAGGUGACUAUACAACCACAAUAGAAGCCUUCAUAUCUGCCAGUGGACGUGCUAUCCAGGGAGGGACAUCACACCAUUUAGGCCAGAAUUUUUCCAAAAUGUGUGAAAUAGUUUUUGAAGAUCCAAAGACACCAGGAGAGAAGCAGUUUGCAUACCAGUGCUCCUGGGGCCUGACAACUCGAACUAUUGGGGUGAUGAUCAUGGUCCAUGGUGACAAUAUGGGCUUGGUAUUACCACCCCGUGUAGCCUGCGUUCAGGUGGUAGUCAUUCCCUGUGGAAUCACAAAUGCCCUGUCUGAAGAAGACAGAGAAGCACUGAUGGCAAAAUGUAAUGAGUAUCGAAGGCGGCUGCUUGGCGCAAACAUCCGAGUCCGAGUCGAUCUCCGAGACAACUACUCUCCAGGCUGGAAGUUCAAUCACUGGGAACUCAAGGGAGUUCCAGUCAGACUUGAGGUAGGGCCACGUGACAUGAAGAGCUGUCAGUUUGUAGCUGUCAGAAGAGAUACUGGAGAGAAGCUGACAAUUGCCGAGAAGGAGGCUGAGGCUAAACUUCAAGAGGUUUUGGAAGACAUCCAGCUUAACCUUUUCACAAGGGCUUCUGAAGACCUUAAAACUCACAUGGUUGUAUCAAAUACAUUAGAAGACUUUCAGAAGGUACUGGAUUCUGGAAAGGUGGCCCAGAUUCCAUUCUGUGGGGAAAUUGACUGUGAAGACUGGAUCAAAAAGACAACUGCCAGGGAUCAGGAUGUGGAACCCGGUGCUCCGUCCAUGGGAGCCAAAAGCCUUUGCAUUCCUUUCAGCCCUCUGUGUGAACUGCAGCCAGGAGCCAUGUGUAUCUGCGGCAAGAACCCUGCCAAGUUCUACACCUUGUUUGGUCGGAGUUACUGAUGGACGAAACAGAAGCCUUUCUUCCAUCCUAAUUUUUUAAAACCAAUACUAGUAUCUUCUCAGAUGUGGUUUUUCUUUUUCAUUUUUUAAAAGUCCUAAAGAGGACUUUUGAGAUAGACAACUAUUCUUAUGCCUAAAUAACAGUGGAAAAUACUUUUCUGUAAACAAUCUGGGUAAUAAAUACCAGGAACUAA